CGCCAUGCGGCAGUUGUGGCCGGCUGGCCCGGGAGACCAUGGCAGCCACCUUCUUCGGGGAGGUGGUUAAAGCACCGUGUCGAGCCGGGACGGAGGACGAGGAGGAGGAAGAGGAGGAGAGGACGGAGACGCCUGAAGACAGGGAGGUCCGGCGGCAGCUGGCGCGGAAGAGGGAGGUGCGGCUCCUUCAACGACAGACAAAAACAUCUUUGGAAGUCUCUCUGCUAGAAAAAUAUCCUUGCUCCAAGUUCAUAAUUGCUAUAGGAAAUAAUGCAGUAGCAUUUUUGUCAUCAUUUGUUAUGAAUUCAGGAGUCUGGGAAGAGGUUGGUUGUGCUAAACUCUGGAAUGAAUGGUGCAGAACAACGGACACUAUACAUCUGUCCCCCACAGAGGCUUUUUGUGUGUUUUAUCAUCUAAAAUCAAAUCCCUCAGUUUUUCUUUGUCAGUGCAGUUGCUACAUUGCUGAAGAUCAGCAGUAUCAGUGGCUGGAAAAGGUUUUUGGCUCUUGUCCAAGGAAGAACAUGCAGAUAACUAUUCUCACGUGUCGACAUGUUACUGACUAUAAAACCUCAGAAUCUACUGGCAGCCUUCCUUCUCCUUUCCUGAAAGCCCUAAAAACACAGAAUUUCAAAGACCCUGUAUGUUGUUCACUGCUGGAGCAACCUAAUAUUGCACACGAUCUUCCUGCAGCAGUUCUGAGUUACUGUCAAGUGUGGAAAAUCCCUGCAAUUCUGUAUUUGUGUUACACAGAUGUGAUGAAAUUAGACCUAAUUACAGUUGAAGCUUUUAAGCCUAUACUUUCUUCCAGAAGUUUGAAAGGUUUAGUUAAGAAUAUUUCCCAAAGCACAGAGAUGCUGAAGAAAUUGAUGACAACAAAUGAGAUUCAGAGUAACAUUUAUACGUGAUCCCAGGGAUUGUUUUGUAAUAUAUCUCCAACCUUCUUUCAGACCUGCUACUCCUUGGAGCUACUGUCCUGUCCCUGGUCCUCCCUCCUCUGGCAGUCCUGGAAGAAUAGUUUGUGAUGCCGCGCUACCUCACCUGUCUCACUAGGGUCCAGCUCCUCCUAAAUAUCUGAUUGCUGCUUCUCAGAUUAGCCCCAUCGUAGAGCCAGGUCUUGGGUAAGCAGUGGGCUUAUUUUAUCACCCCCGACCUCUCCACCCACAGCGGGCUUCUCAUCAGCCUCAGCGCCUCCAUCCGAUCCUUCAUUUGGGCUCCUGGCCAUCAAGAUCUGACUUACCUUUCCCACCUUAACCUCCUUUGCAGUCCCUUGCUUCAGAACUCAGCUAUGUGCUGCCUUUUCCAAAAGCCACCAGCCUCUCAGCCUCAAGCACUGUGUUCUGCCUCAAGAUUUCCACAAGUCCUUACAUCACAUGUGCAUAUCCACCUAGAAACUGAACAAUCUGUGUAGACGCUGGUGAUGUCUACACAGACUGACUCUUGAGGGAAAGGGUGGUGCUCUGUCAGGAUUUUGGAGACCCCAUUGGGCAGGAGCAAAGAUGUCCGUAAAAGUCAUAGGAUCAAAACAGCCCUAGAGACUUUGCCUUGAACAUGAACCCAAGCAAAGGUAAGGAUUCUCUGCAGUGCAGAGUCAGGGCACUAGAGCCAGAAGUUGACACAUGCAGAGAACACAAGCAAAGAAAACAAGGCGAUGGGAUUCCCACAGUCUGGAAGCAGUAUUUUAGCCAUGGCGGUUCAGGACUAUCACGAGUGUGUCGCUGAGCAGGAAUUAGAAAUAUCAGAGUAUGCUGUGUGAAUAUAGUGCCGUCUUUGAAAAGCAAAAAGGUGGUGUGUGUGUGAUAUGAGUACUGGGUGCAAAUCUCAGCCCCAGCCCAAGUGGCUGUACGUAUUCUUUACUUUUCCAUAAUUGGACUUUAAUUUCUCUCCUGGGCCCACGUUGCACCGGUGCCAGGAAGACGAUCUCUGUCAGUUGAGAGAUGGCCCCUUUCCCAGUGUGUCCCACAUCGGGAUGCUGGGAAGCUCAUCCUCAGCCUUUCCUGCUGCCACCUGGGGACACAGCCUUGUUUCUGUUCAUGCUGCUCUGUUGACUGAUCGUCGUUCUCUGUGUGUGACCUCAGGGGCGUCUCUGGGCUCUCUCCACCACGCAGGGAGGCACUUGGAUGUGCCCUGCCUGCUGGGAUGCCCAGGGACAGUGAGGGCUGUUCCAGGGUCAGCUUCCAGACACCAUAGGAAGGGGUUGCUUCUGCUCCUACAGUGGGAAGCCCUCUAUCUCCUUCACUCAUAAGCAUGUCUGGUGCAGGUUCUGGGGUUGGGCACUUAGCUGGACCCUACUCAGGGAAGGUGCCCGUCUGUCCUUUGAUCUCAGGAUUCUACUAUCUCACACUCUGCCUGGCCCUGGCUUCAGAAGUGGGAUGCACUCAGGGACCCCAAAGACGUCUAAGCUCUCUGUCUCCCCACUCCUCAUUCAGAUACCCUCUAACCUUACCUCUGGGGACAGGAAGAACUGGCUCAAACUGAACUGGUAUUUUCCAUCUUUACAUAUAGACUGAGACCUCACAUCUUGGAACUCUAAUGCUCAGAGUUUGACUCCUGUUCUCUAGGCUUUGGGAUGUCAUCCAUGAAGUAGAAGCAUGAAGCAGAGAAUGCAUGGGGUACAGGGGUCUACAAGGAAAACACCUCAGUCACCACUGCAGAAGCUGUGCACAAAAAAACAUUGGAAGAACAUCUGCUUACAUUUUGGUCAUGAUUGUUUUAGGUGAUGGGGAACUCACUGCACAGAAGCAAAAGAUGUCUGUAAAAAGUUUCAGAAACUUUUUUUUUUUUAAAGAUGACCGGUAAGGGGAUCUUAACCCUUGGCUUGGUGUUGUCAGCACCACCCUCAGCCAGUGAGCGAAACGGCCAUCCCUAUAUGGGAUCCAAACCCGUGGCCUUGGUGUUAUCAGCACCACACUCUCCUGAGUGAGCCACGGGCCGGCCCCGAAACUGGUUGUUUUUUGCUUUUUGCUUUUCUUUAAGUUUUCAACAUUGAGUAUGAAUUACUUUUAUAAUUGGGGGAAAAAACUCAAACCAAUGAAUUAUGAAAAAGACCCACUCUCUUUCUUAAAUGUGUCUGUUCUGGAUCUCAUUCCAGCAUGUGCAUUUGGGUAUGCUCAUUAAAUCUUUUGUUUAACCUUCAUAAAGACCCA